UCUUUCUCAUUUUCUUCUUUUUUUGGUUGCUUCAGAGCUAAAACCCUAACAGCAAAAAGGCGAAAGAUCAAAAUUUGAGAAAAGCUAUGGGUUCUUCUUUGUUCUGAAUUCAUCUUUAAGCCCUAAGGAGAAAAAAACUUCUUGCAGAAAAUGACCACACCAUUGAUAGCAGGACUGAGUGUUGCUGCUGCUGCAUUGGCUGGAAGGUAUGGCAUCCAGGCUUGGCAAGCAUUCAAGGCCAGACCACCCACUGCAAGAAUGCGAAAAUUUUAUGAAGGAGGUUUUCAGCCUAAAAUGACAAGGAGGGAAGCAGCUCUUAUUCUUGGAGUCAGGGAAAGCACUCCAGCAGAUAAAGUGAGGGAGGCACAUAGGAAGGUGAUGGUAGCCAACCAUCCAGAUGCAGGAGGCAGUCACUACCUUGCUUCAAAAAUUAAUGAAGCGAAAGACAUAAUGCUUGGGAAGUCUAAGAACAGCGGUUCUGCAUUUUAAAAUCUCAACCGAGAGUCUCUUUGGUGCUUUAGAAGUUACAAAUUACAUGGUAACCAGAGGCGGAUCAUGCUUUCUGGCAUUAUAGACAACUUUAAAGUGAAGUAGAUUGAUUCUUUAAAAGAUGUAUGUUAGUUGGAAAAGGCAACAUUUUGAUAGUUGUAUGAGUUCACUGAAUGUGAAGCCAAUAUGUACUUUUAACAAUUGAUACACAUAUUCAUGGUUAAUAAUUGGUUGGCUUCUUCUUUGUUUG